GUUUCCACAGCCUCGACGAUGAAACUCGUGUCGAUCACGCCGUCGCGCGGCUACUGCAUCGAGCUCGGCGCGGCCUUCGUCAUUAUUUAUGGAACGGCCCAGGGCUGGCCCCUCUCGACGACGCACUGCCAGAUCGGCGCGACCGUGGCCGUCGGCCUCUUCGAGGGCGCCGGCGGCGUCAACUGCAAGCUCUUCGCGAAGACGUGCUUCGGCUGGAUCAUCACGAUCUUCGUCGCCGGUUUGUUGGCGGCGCUCUUCGUGGGGCCGUCGCCGGAGCCGCUCAAGGACAAGUACUGCAAGGGCUGGGCCGCGAACAACUCCUAG